AUGGCAGGAUCAACAAUGCUCAUGGCUGUCUACGGUUAUGAGAUGAUGUCGGAAGAUGAUAGCUUAUUCCAAGCUGUGGAUACAGCGGUUCAAGGUUUCAGCCAGGCUCUCAUAGUUCAAAACUACCUCGUCAAUACCAUACCCUGGCUUGAGUACGUACCUGAGUGGUUCCCAGGAGCUACAUGGAAAGCCAAGGCAAACGAGUGGCGCCGCCAGCGCGACCUUAUGCUGCAUGUGCCAUUCGAAUGGACAAAGAGCAGAAUGGCGAGUACCAACGCAUUCCUUUCACGUGCGGCAUUUAACUCCUGGCCCCUACUUUAG